AUGGAUAUCAUGGGGCAUUUCCCUAUGGCAACCAGUGAGUGGAAGUGCUUGCUCGUCGCGGUGAACUACUUCUCCAAAUGGCUUGAAGCCAAGCCCUUAGCCAAGAUAACCGAGCAUAUGGUCAUGAAGUUUGUAUGGAAAAACAUCAUCUGCCGGUUCGGUAUCCCUCGUUGGAUCGUCUCGGACAAUGGAAGACAAUUCGCCGGUCAGAGGCUCAGGGAGUGGUGCGAAGGAUAUGGUAUCCAGCAGGCCUUCACUUCCAUGGCCUAUCUGCAGAGCAACGGGCAAGCAAAAGUCACCAAUCGGGAAAUCCUCCAAGUCUUACGCGCUCGACUAGAUCAUAUGGGAGAGUUAGUUGUUAAGGACAGGUCUCGUAUGCUUCAGUUUGUCCAAGGACUGGAUGGAUAUCUGCAAGUAAAGAUUGCUGGUUUUGGUAAUUCAUCUUACAUAGAGGCAUUGGACAUAGCCUUUAUGAUCAAGUCGGCUCAGCAGAGAACUAUUGCGAACAAGAAGAGGAAGCAGAAUGAUCGAACUUCAGGGUAG